AUGAUCGCCGUAACCGUCUCGUCUGAAAGUAUCCUGUGCAGCUCUCAAGCCGCGGUGACUCCUAUCUAUAUCGCAGCAAUGGACAGCAAGUCCGUGGUUGCUAUCGUGGAGGCCAUGUGCCGGGACCUUCUCGACAUCACGGGCACUGCCAGGACCAUUAUGCAUUACUGGAACUUGAACGCUUUGUCCGACGCUGUACGGGCUCCAAUUGCCGCUUGA